AUGAGAACAGCUUUUUAUGAAAUAAUGAGGAAACACCGAGACAGACCCAUUGGAGUUUUGCCCUGGGCUACCUUUGGAUGUAGUAUUGCUACUUGCACAGGCUUGCUACUCUAUGGAGAUGGAAUUGAAUGUGCUGCAGAGACCUUUCCUGUGGCUCCAUCAGUUGCUAGUUUGGGUCGUGGAAUCAGAAGUUUACACCAGGCAGCUGAGGCUUCAGGCAAGCAGAAAGCUCCAAGUGUUGUAACUUGCACAGGCUUGCUUAUUUAUGGAGAUGGAAUAUCAAAUGUUUCUGAGUUGUCUCCUCCAGCUUCUUCAAAGGUAUCUCAGGCAAGUAAAGAGCUCGAGAACUCGAAUAUCAAUUUGUCUUGUAGAGAUUGA